AUGGCUGGACAUCCAAACAACUUUUCAAGUCAACAAUCAUCCAGGGUUCAUCCACAACAAGCUUAUCAUCAACAAGGAUACUCACCUCAGGGAGGGCACCAAGGGUAUCAGCAAGAAUAUCCUCCUCAGGGAGGACGUCAGCAAGAGUACUCUCCUCAGGGAGGACGUCAGCAAGAAUACUCUCCUCAGGGAGGACGUCAACAAGGAUACUCUCCUCAGGGAGGAUACCAACAAGGAUAUUCUCCUCAAGCAGGGCAUCAGCAAGGGUAUCAAUCGGAUUACUAUAAUCAACGAAAUAACACUUCUUCACCUGGUGUGGAUUACUAUAAUCAACGAAAUAAUACUUCAUCACCUGGUGUGGAUUAUUAUAACCAACGAACCAACACUUCGUCACCUUCAUCACCUUCAUCACCUGGUGCGGAUUAUUAUAACCAACGAAACAACACUUCAUCACCUGGCUCGGAUUAUUAUAAACAACGAAAUAACAUUCCACCAGCUGGUGUACAAAAUCAUUCAUUGCAAAGACAGCAGAAUUGGCCUGAACAUCAUGCUGUAAACUUAAGUGAUCGUUCUUUUAAUGAUAAGGCUAAUAAAAGAAAGGUUAGUGAGAAAAAAUCCUUCCGCCACAUUGAACUUACUAACGGGAACUUGGUACUUGAUUGUCCGGUGCCAGACAAAGUACUUCGUAACGUGCGUUUUACGAAAGGAGAUGAAUUUGAACAUAUGAGAUACACCGCUGUCACAUGUGAUCCCGAUGAUUUUGUUAAAAACAAAUAUUUGCUCCGACCUCGUAUUUACGGACGAGAAACAGAGCUAAUGAUUGUUAUGACAAUGUAUAAUGAAGAUGAUAAAUUGUUUAUUAAAACCAUGUCUUCUGCUAUCAAAAAUAUUUCCUACCUUUGCACAAAAAAAAGAUCAAAAACAUGGGAUAAAUCUAACUUUUUCACUUCUUAUCUAGGGGAAGAUGGUUGGAAAAAGGUAGUGGUAGUAAUCGUCUCCGAUGGACGUAAUAAAAUUAAUCAACGCGUAUUAAAAGUUCUUGGAGCUAUGGGUGCUUAUCAAGAUGGUAUUAUGCAAGACAAUGUUGAUGGAAAACCUGUUACUGGACAUCUUUUUGAAUAUAGUUCUCAAUUAAUGGUUGACAAAGAAUUUGGCAUUCGUGGUUUGGACAAAAAUGUGUCACCUGUACAAAUCUUGUUUUGUUUGAAAGAAAAGAAUGCCAAGAAGUUAAAUUCGCAUCGGUGGUUUUUUAAUGCUUUUGCCGCUCAAUUAAAGCCUAAUGUUUGUGUUUUACUUGACGUUGGUACUAAACCUUCCGGUACUUCGAUUUACCAUUUAUGGAAAGGAGUUGGAGGUGCUUGUGGUGAAAUCAAAGCCGAACUUGGAACUGGAUGCAUGAACCUUAUUAACCCAUUAGUUGCAUCCCAAAACUUUGAAUAUAAGAUGUCCAACAUUUUAGAUAAACCUUUAGAGUCUGUGUUUGGUUAUAUUUCUGUGUUGCCUGGUGCUUUCUCAGCUUAUAGAUACCAAGCAUUAUUAAAUUCUCCAUCUGGCAAAGGUCCUUUGGCUUCAUACUUUAAAGGUGAAGCUAUGCAUGGUUCUAAUGCUGCUAAUGCUGGUAUUUUUGAAGCAAAUAUGUAUUUGGCUGAAGAUCGUAUUUUAUGUUUUGAACUUGUUGCUAAAAAAGAUAAAUCUUGGAAAUUGAAAUAUGUUAAGGCUGCUAAAGCUGAAACUGAUGUUCCAGACAAUGUAGCUGAAUUUAUUUCCCAACGUCGUCGUUGGUUAAAUGGAUCUUUCUUUGCAGCUUUCUAUUCUAUUGCACACUUUACUAGAAUUUGGUCUUCUGGUGAUAAUGGAAGCACUGGUGAAUUAGGAAGUGCCCAUGCGGUAUCUGGUAAAGAUGGGAAACAAAUGAUGAAAGUAGAAAUGCUUCAUGAACGUGAGGAUAUUAAUGCGGCAUAUGACAAUUUGGUUAAAGAUCUUAGAAUUAAAGUAGUCGAAGAAAAAAAGCAUAGAGAUGCUGCAACUAAGAAAGAAGAUUAUUAUAGAAUGUUUAGAACUAAUCUUGUUCUGGCUUGGAUGUUUUCUAAUGCUAUUCUAGUAGUGUUCUUUACUUCAGAUACUUGGAAUAAGUACAUUACAGAAAAAUCAAGUGGAGAG